GUCGACGUCGGCCCCAAAAACAAAUUCAAAGUCGAGCAAAGUGCGCGCGUUAAUUGAUAUUGCGUAUACGCCACGGCUGCCGCAAAAGUUUUUUGUCGCCUGGCCAGCUAAACUUUCAGAACGCUGCAACCCAAAAACUACAUAAAUAAAUAAAUAAAUCAAGUUAGAUCGUAUAGAAACAACAUAAAGCACACAAUUUCGCGCAGUGCAGUGCAACAACCACAACAACAACAACAACAACAACAACAAAAACGAGACGCGUUUGUUUAUCUUUUUUUUACUGUUGUCUUUUUGUGCGUGCGUGUGUGUGUGUGUGUGUGUUAGUGCGUGUGCGUAAGCGUGUGCAGCAUGCGUGUGUUGCAUGCGGGCAAACAUGCAACUGCAACAGCCAAGCAGAGGCAAGCAGCAACAACUACAGCCGCAGCAGCAGCAACAGCAGCAACAACAACAACAACAACAACAAAGCCAAUCAAAAUUGUGACCUGCUAAGUGCAACAACAACAACACACAAUAAAUAAACCCAACCAAAGACUAACAACCAAAAGUGUUAAUAAAAACAAAACAACAAAUCGCAACAAAUCGCAAAAUACUAAAAUAAUACCGAAAGCAUACCAAAUAAAAACCGAAUCUCACAAUUAUCAAAUAGGCAUUUUGGCAACUGGCAACUGGCGAAAAUGGCGCUGUCCAAGUGGCCGCUAAGCAAGGAGACGCCCUUGGUGGAGAGCAGCAGUAACAACAACAACAACAACAACAACAACAACAACAAUGAGCAUGAGACGGCCAUUAAGCGACGCAAACGCUGCAGUCGCGAUGAUGAAUUAUCUGCCAGCAACAACAAUAACAACAACAAUAACACAUUGCCACAAAAGAAGCGCCAGCUGGGCCUUAGCCUUAGCCUGGGAGUGGCCAAAACAGCAACAACAGCCGCCAGCGGCGAUAGCCCUCCAGCCGCAGCCGCAACAGCAGCAACAGUAACAGCAGCAACACAGCCGAAAUCGACAGCAACAGUUGCCGCCGUGCAGGAUGCGGCCGAUCAGGAUGAUGAGACAUUAAUACGUGAAACUCAGGCGGCAUUAAAGAGUCUAUCCGGCAGCUGGCCCGAUGCGCGCACCAAUUUGUAUCGCUUACAGGAGCAGGAGGAUGAGAAUCCGCCGCCAUUUCAGAAUCUGUUCGAGGAGAAGCAAAAGUAUGCGUGCAACAAUGCCAGCAGCAAUUGCGGCAGCUACAACAGCAGCAGCAACAACAACAACAAUCACACACAACAAAACUCACACACACUUCUGCUACGUUUCCACAGACAAAAGGAGAACGAUCAAGCGCGCCUCAACAGCAAUAACAACAGCAACAACAACAACAACAUCAGCAACAGCAACAACAACAUCAGCAACAUACACAAAAAGGAUACGCUAGAUGCAGCAGCCGCCGCCUACGCACAGGCAACAUCCGCCUUCAAGCCGCCCAUCGAUAUUAUCAAACGCAAUGGCCAAUUGGCCGCCGCGGCAGCUGCCCACGCCCAUGCCCAGGCCCAAGCGCACGCCCAUGCCCAGGCGCAGGCCUACGCCCAUGCACAGUAUACGAGCAGCGCCUACAAUGCGGCCGAGGCCUACUAUGGCUAUGCAGCAGCAGCUGCUGCCAGUCAACAGCAGCAACAGCAGCAACAGCAGCAGCAACAGCAGCAACAUGGCCUGUGCCUGGAGCCGAGUCGCAGCUUUGACAUUGCCACACAGCUGGGCUCGCCCACAGAGAAGGGCGUCAAGCUGCAUCAGCCGCAACAGCAGCUGUCUAAGGAGGCGCCACUGCCGCUGGUCGAUGCCAAACAGUAUACGAUAUUGCAGCCGGCGGGCGUUGGCAGUCGGGCCGCAUCCGUAAUGCAGGAUAUAGCACGUGAGGGCGUUGUCGGUGUCUCGCUGGUUGCCACGCCACCAACAACAGCAACAGCAACAGCAACAGCAGCAGCAGCAGCAGCAACUUCCACGGCAGCAGCAACUGCCACUGCAGCAGUAACUCCCACAGCAGCAGCGUCUACGCCGGCGCCCAGCUACUCGCCGGGCAGCCAAAAUCGCGCUGGCGAACUGGAGAAGCAUGAGAAGGAACUGCAUCCGCUGGACAAACUCAAGAUCACCUCAAGCCACUAUCUGAACAACAACAACAGCAGCUGUAUCAACAACAAUAACAACAACAACAACAAUAAUAAUAAUAAUAACACCAACAACAACAACAAAACGAUGCCCAUUAUCAAGUCGGAGUACAGUCCGGUGGCCAGCAUUAAAUCGGAGUACAACAAGAGCCCCAUGCACUCAUAUUUGGCCAACGAUGCCGCCUCGGCGGCCAGCAGCGCGAUACCCGCUGGCAGCGCGCGCAGCAGCAACAGCAACAACAACAACAACAAUGGCGGCGGCAACAAUGCAGCCAGCGUGGCGACCAGCAAUGGCCCCACCGAGCCGCAUCUGAGCCGCUUUGUGGGCAUGCAAAGUCCACAGCCUCAUCCACACGCCCACCAUCAACAGCAGCAGCAGCAGCAGCAACAGCAGCAACAGCAACAGCAGCAACAGCAGCAACAUACGAUGCAUCAGCAGCGCGGACCCUUCAUUGAGGGCAAUGCCAGCCAGAUGAUGCCCGCGGGCAAUGGCAGUGCCGGCGAUGGCAACGAUCCAGCCAGCUACCACACGGAGCACCAGCAACAGCAGCAGCAGCAGCAGCAACAGGCGGACGAACGCCAGCAGCAAUACGAGCAGAUGCGCUACGCUCAGAGCCAUGGACAUGGCCUGGCGGCCAGCGAUGCUGCAGCCGAACAACAGCAGCAGCAACAGUUGCUGGUAAGCAAUCCUAGCAGCAGCGAAUUGUCGCCGGUUACAGCGCGCAGCGCCUACGAGCAUCCGCAUCCGCAUCCACACACGCAUCCGCAUCCGCCCGCAACGCUCGGUACGCCCGUUUUCGCUGUGGGCGUGGGCGUAGGCAUUGGCGUCGGCGAUACGAUAACAGCCAGCACGGCGGGCUUCGAGCGCUACGAUCCCAAUUGCUGUCCCAGCGGCGGCGGGCAGCGUCAGGCGGUGGCAGCGGCAGCUGCGCCCGCCAAUAUGUACCACUAUCUGCCGCAGAGUGCGGACGAUUUGCAGGCACAGCAGCAGAAGUAUCUGCAGGAGCAACAGCUGCUGAUGGCCAAGGCCGAGCACGAGGAGCUGGCCAAUGGCGGUGGUCCCAUCUAUCCGCGGCCCAUGUAUCAUUAUGAUCCGACCAUGGGGCCGCUGCCGCCGGGCUUUUCCGCCAUCAAUUUGUCCGUGAAAAUGGCUGCAGCCCAGGCUGCAGCAGCAGCGGCUGCGUAUCAGAACCAGCAACAGCAGCAGCAGCAGCAACAGCAGCAGCAGCAGCAACAACAUCACCAGCAACAACAGCAGCAACAGCAGCAGCAGCAGCAACAACAGCAGCAGCAGCAACAGCAGCAGCAACAGCAGCAGCAGCAGCACACCAAGCAGAGCAGCUCGCCAACGCCAAAUGUGGGCGUGGCAGCGCCAGCUGUUGACCUAUCGGGCGCCACAUCGGUGACGUCAUCCAGCCCGCACGGUUUCAACUCGCCAGCCUCGCACAACCAAUACAACCAGCGCAUGGGCAACGGCAGCCCACAGCCGGGCGCCAGCCCCAACAUAGCCAGCCCCCAAGUGCCGAGUCCGCAGGGCCAAACGCUGGACCUGAGCGUCACACGUUUACCGCACAGCAUCAUCACGAGCCCGCAGUACGGCGCCGACGGCCUUGUCGUGGGCCACGGUCAGGGCUUUGGCAGCGCAGCGCCCGGCUCAAUUGGACCGAACGGACCGCCGCGUUCACCACAAAUGGAGCCAGUCGACUUUAGCGGACCGCCGCGGCCCCUCGGCUUUGGCCUGGUCGGUCACAUUAGCGGGCCGCGGCCAUAUAGUCGCGAAUCCACGCCGGACAGCGGGGGCUCGCACUACAUAGAAACCUAUCGAGAUCCGAGCGGCUAUUCGCCGCAUCCUGGCUACGGCAUGGUAGUUCAAUCAGACUAUCCACCAGCUGGCUACCAUGGCUAUGGCCCCGCCGCCUAUCAAUGCAGCAAUCCGUACGCAACGGCCGUCGGUCCGGGCGGCUAUCCAACGCCCGUAUCCGGCGGCUAUUCGCCCAGUCCGGCCACCUGCUACUCGAUGCCACCGCCGCAGCAUAUACCGCAGCAUGACAAGUCCAAAGAUGGCUUGACGGGCUGCUCGCGCUCUGACCGCAACCAUCUGCAGUCGCACUCACAGGAGCUGAAGUGCCCGACGCCCGGCUGCGAUGGCUCCGGCCAUGUGACUGGCAACUACUCAUCGCAUCGCAGCCUCUCCGGCUGUCCGCGCGCCAACAAACCGAAGAGCAAGCCACGCGAUGGCCAGGACUCUGAGCCGCUGCGCUGUCCCAUACCCGGCUGCGAUGGAUCUGGCCACUCUACUGGCAAAUUCCUGUCACACAGAAGUGCAUCGGGCUGUCCCAUUGCCAAUCGCAACAAGAUGCGCGUACUGGAGGCCGGCGGCACCGUGGAACAGCACAAGGCCGCUGUGGCCGCUGCCACGGCCAUGAAAUUUGAUGCCUGCACCACAGUUGGCAGUCAGGGCAUCAAGAAACCGAAGUUCGAUGAGGUUACCAUGGUAUAUCCCAAGGGCUAUACAGGCGGCAGCGGCCUGGACAUUGUCAUGAGCGGUGUCGGCGUCGGCGUCGGCGUCGGCGUUGGCGUACCCUUGCCGCCUGGCAUUAACAGCAGCAGCAACAGCAACAAUAACAACGGCGGCGGCAGCAGCAGCGUUGGCGUUAACAGCGACAAAUCAGCGAGCGGCAGUGUAAAUGUGACCGGCGGCAGCGAUGAUCUAAAUACACUGGAGGCGGAAAUAUCGGAGCUGCAGCGAGAAAAUGCGCGCGUCGAGUCGCAAAUGAUGCGACUCAAAUCGGACAUAAAUGCAAUGGAAUCGCAGCUGAGCACCAGCGAUCGGGAGGCUUCUCCACUGAGCGCACAUCAGCAACAACAGCAGCAGCAACAACAGCAGCAGCAACAGCAGCAGCAACAACAACAACAACAACGACCCACUGCAUCAUCGCUGGCCUCGCCCAGCGGCCAGUCGCCGUUUGCCGGCGUCUCAUCCACCACCAGCAGCAGCGGCGUCGAUCUUCUGCCGAGCAGCGGCCACAUGUCCCAUGUGACAGACGGCAGCGGCGGACCGCCCAAUGCCAAUCUGAACAACUACUAUGAGAGUUUGCGCAACAACGUCAUCACGCUGCUGGAGCAUGUGCGUCUGCCACCGCCGCCGCCGCCACCGUUGCCGCCAACGGCAGCGGUGCCGGGCACUGCUGGCCUCCAGACCGGCAUGGAUAAUGGCUGUGCCGCUGGCGUUCAGCUGGGCGGCGGUGAGCAUCAUACGGCAGCGGCUGCUGCAUAUUCUACACUGUUGCCGCCACCACCGCCGCCGCCACCGCCGCCGGCGACGUCGAGCACCGCAGCCGGGACACCGAUGUACCAUGGCCAUCAGGGCAGUUUGGGUGGUGGGGUCACAGCCGGUGCGCCGCCACCGCCGCCGCCGCCGCAUGCGCCACAUCACGCCUAUACGGUUCAUCAUCCGGGCGGCUAUCCGCAUGGGCAUCCGCAUGCGCAUCCGCACGAGCAUUUCGACUCGUACAUCUCGAAGCUGCAGUCGCUGUGCGUGCCGCCCGAUGUGUACGCCCUGCCCGAUGAUGGCGGCCGGCCCGUCUACAACUCGGUCAAGCCGACCAUGCACCAGGACUAUGGCAAGCUAAUGCCCACGCCCAUUUAAGGCGCCGCCGUCCCUGGUUAGUAUAUAUAUGUGUGUGUGUACAUAGGCGCUUAUCAUGAGUAUGAAUCAUCAAUGAAUGAUGUUAUCGGUGAAAUUCAAGUAAUUAGCGAGUCAUGGACUAUAAUGCAUGCAACGAAUCAUUGCAGUUGAGUUAUGAAUCAUCAUUUAGAAGAUAUAAGUUAUGACUCAUUAGCUUUGCAUUUUACUAUGCGAGUUAUGAUUCAUAAGCAAUGAUUUGGGACUUGUGAAAUAUAGAUCAUGGAUCACUGUGAAUGAAUGGAAUUUGAAUCAUCGAUUAUAAAUCAUAUGAUCAUGAAUUAUGAUUUAGAGUCAUUCAAUAUGAAUCGUUAGUACCAAUUCAGCAGUUUUGAGCGAUGAAUCAUAAAUUUGAAAUCACGAUUUAUUGCUUAAGAGAUAUGAGAUAUGAUAUAGAUCAUGAGUUAUGGGUUACGGAUCGUAAAAGUGGAAAUGACAUGCAUCCU